GCCUAGUUAGGCGUCGAUCCGUCAGGGGCGUUGCGCGCACCGCGACAUUUUACAUUGUAUUGACUCUGUGUGUGUGUGCGGCCCGUGUCUUCGGCUUGCGACUUGUAAAUAGAAACGCGACGAAUUUUCGCAGCAUCGUUUCGGGCUGGCCGCGAGUGCACCGCGCGUUCCAUGAACGCGUCGCCGCCGCCGCGAGAGUUUUUCGUCGCGCACGUUGGCGCUCCGACGCGCCCGCAGCCAGUCUGUGUACGUCGUGCGCCCAGCAGCGAGCAGCCGAGGCCGCCAGCCGGAACGCCGUAGGAACGCGCACCGCGGCGGCCGCCGCCGACGACGACGAGUGUUGCUGGCCCCCGGCUGCGCAAGACUCCCCCGCCUCCGUUAGUGGUGCACCGCGACGCGGCAUGUAUGUGAUGAUAAAGAGGUGAAAGCUGGCCCGCGCAGCGCCAUGGACGCCGAGGUGAAGCAGCGGAACCGGCGGAGAAAACGGGCCCAACGCAUGCAGGCCCAAAGGGACAAGACGAAGAAUGCGGACAGCAACGAGGAGGACGAGUCGCCGGUGCGCGAGAAGACGCCGCGCCCGCCCAUCCGCCGCAAGAAGAGCAAGGAUCCGCUCGCCGAGGAGGACAUCAUCGACGGCUUCGCCAUAUACGGAUUUCGCUCCUACGAGGACCUGGAGGUCUGCCUGAAGAUCGCCAGCAAGGAGAACGUCCAGCGAUUAGUGGAAAUUGAGCGGCCGAAACACGAACCGAGGCCGCUCAUAACGCACCACAUUUCGGCGCAUCCGCCGCACGGCUUGACGUUGACUCUCGAUCCGGCGACGAGCGAUGACAGCGGCAGGGCGUCGGAGCGCCUCACCGGCUCCUCGGGGGCGCCGCGCGACGCCGACAGCUCCAGGGACCGGCUCAGCGACGCGAGCAGUCGAUGCAGCUCUGGAAAAGGAUAUAUCUGUGAUAGCGAAGGAGACGACGAUAAGGGAUCCGAUGCGAGUUCGGUGAUAUUUGGCGCGACGCCUGGGUCCAGGAAGCACGAGUUCCCGGGCGCGCUGCCACCCAGCCUGCCCUCGCUGAACAAUGGCACUGGCAGCAGCCCGGUGCCGGCGCCCACGCCGCCAGACCUGCCGCCACCGAGUCCGGCGCCCGCCCAAUUGCCACCGCCACCACCGGUUGUCGUGCAGAGGCACGUGAUCGAAGACAAGAAGCCGCUGGAGGCGGCAAUGACUGUAACGCCAAGCAGCAUGCCCUCGCCGGCGCAAGCGGCGGUGGCGCCGCCAGGUUCCGUGCAUAUGCCGUCGGCGGCGACGACGGCCGCUAGCCAUGCAAUGCCGCAGCCGGCCGCUGCGCCCGUCGCGCACCACCCGCCGGCGUUGGUCUCGACUCCGGGCGCGCGGACGGACAGCCCCGCCGUGGCUACCUCCGCGCCUGGCUACCAUCCGCCUUAUCAACCAUACGCACCAUAUGCGGCCAAUGUGCACACGCCGUACUCCUCCACGGGGGCUCUUCCUACGCCGACGCCACCGGCCACCACUGUGACGGCGUCCUGCCACCCGCCGGCGGCGGCCGUUCGUCCGCCCACGCCGCGCAGCUCACCGAGUCGGGAGCGCGAGCGAGAACGAGAGCGUGAACGGGAACGCGAACGCGAAAGUUUUAGCAAUGUAAGCAGUUUGAGCAGAACGAGCGUGACGCCGCUUAGCUGUCCACCGCCUACUACCACCACAGUGUCUUCUAGUCUCUCCGGCAAGUCGUGGUCGGGACCGCCGCCGCAGCUGAGUCCGGCGACGCGGCCCACGCCACCGUUACACGGCGCGCCGUACCCGCCCAUGUUCGCCACGCCGCUGCCGCCGCCAACUGUGUCCACUGCUAGUCCAACGGUGCCCUCGGUGCCACCGCCGUCGACCAACCCCAAUCCCUUCUCGGCGGAGAGCUUGUUCCAGUCGUCGAGCCAGGACAUGCUACGCCGCGAGCUGGACAACAGGUUUCUGGCGUCGCAGGACAGUCGCGGGAUGAACGUUGCUCCGCCGCCUUAUCUCCGCACCGAAAUGCACCAGCAUCAGCACCAUCACACGCACGUGCAUCAGCACACAACUUCCUUACUACCUCCGCCGCCUUCGACGUCACUCUUUCCCUCACCAUUGUUUAAAGAUAUUCCUAAGUUGGGUGGGCACGAAUCUCCAUUCUACAGACAGAAUAUUGGUAUGCCACCAACCUACCCCAGUUACACACCUGGUUUAUUGCAUCAUCCUGGACUAGCAGCCGGACCGACGCCAUUUGCGCCACCCAGUCAUCUGCCAGCGUUUCAACCAAAGCCCUCCACCGCUGACCAGCCCGCUAAACCCAAGAUCACGAAAUCUGGUAAAUGGAAUGCGAUGCACGUGCGAAUCGCUUGGGAGAUAUAUCAGAAUCAACACAAGGGCGACAAAGGCGGGCCGGGCACGUUGAAAGGCGAGCUGCUGCGGCAGCCGACGCACCUAUUCAACCCGAGCGUGCGAGCGAACGAGCAUCUGCCCUCGUUCCCGCAUUCGCUCGGUCACCGCCCGCCGCCGCCUACCUUUGACCAGCCGCCGCACCCGAGCAGUAUGUUCGCGUCGCCGGCGUCGCACAUAGGUAAGCCAGUCGGUACCUACCUGGACGUGUAUAAAGAGAGGAAAAUUGCAGGAAGCGCAAUUUCACCCUUCACACGGUACGGCGGCGCCGCACCGCCCGGUUUUCCGCAGCCGCCGGGCGGGCCACCGUACGUAUCGUCUUUCCCGCCGUCGGCCGCCGGCCGGCCGAGCGAUCUGACGAUGCUGCACGACUGGCGGAGAUUCCCGCCGGCGCUGCCACCGACGAUGGCGCCUUGGCCGCUCAAGCCCGAUCCGAUGAUCGAGCAGCGGGAGCGUGAAGAGCGCGAACGCGAGCGGUUGCGUCGCGAGCGUGAGGAGCGCGAACGACGCGAACGUGAAGAGAAGCGUCGCAUUGAGCAGCAGCAAGCCGAGCAGCGAGAGCGCGAAAGGCGCGAGAAGGAGCGCCGCGAACUGGAGCAGCGAGAACGCGAGCAACGUGAAAGGGAGCGUGAACGCGAACGGGAGAGGGAUCGUGAAAGGGAGCGGCUGCUGCAUCAGCAGCGGCUUGCCGACGCCGCCAAACCGAUGCAGUCUGUGAUACGCGACCGGUCGCCGCUUCGAAACGGCGACGUCUCCGACAUGCGCAUCAAAGAGGAACCGCGCUCCAAGGAGGAAGAGACUGUACAAUUGUUGCGGUCGGCCGCUGCCGUCGAUCCACGCUACCACCCCUACUUGCGGCACGCACCUCCACACCAGCAGCUGCAGUUAUCGCGAGUGCUACCGCCUCCUGGUAGUCUACAACAUCACUAUGCACCGCCGCCGUCGCACUGGCCUCCGCCAACUGACGCCUUCUUCCGCUACGAUGCAGCGCUGCGCUAUGGCACCAAUCCGCUCAUGGACGCCGCCUUCCGCGCCGAGGAGGAGCGCGUCAAGAUGUUCCAAUAUGCGCACGCCGCCAGUCAACACCCCAGCCAGUUGCGCGCCAAGGACCCGACGCUGAUGCACCUGCGACCGGGGCCCGGGCCUGGUGGUCCCGGCCCGCCGCCACCGCACAAGCUCAGCAUCACGCCGCCGACGGACCUUCACAAAAAGGAGGAGCCGCGAUAGCACAUUCGGUGAUAAUAAAUUAGGAAUCUCAAUGCCGCGUGAGGGUGGCACUUAACUCAUGCGGGCGCCCUGUCGCGCCCCCACUCUGCGGUGCCCUCUUGAUUUGGUAGCGUUAACAAAAUUUUAGUACUCCUCGUUUUGUUUUUAUGAGUUCACGUCAUCUGUUCGUGCGCGGCUGCUUUUAAAAAAAACACUUUACUGUCUUUACUAGUAAGUACUACGUGUGGAAAAUCAGGUAUAUGCUUCUCUUUGAAUUCUAUGAUGAGGAAAAAUUGUGUUCAUGUCCGCUCAUGACGCAAAGUGGCGGACGCUGUUAAUAAGAAAAUGGCAAGAAAACUUAGAAAUUACAGACAGAAGAAAGAAAUAUAUGAAAUAUAUAUACAAAUAUAUAUAUAAAUAUAUAAAUAAAUUGUAAAUAUUUUUGACUCGAGACUCUAGGACGGAGAAAAUAUGUGGGAGACGAUAUGAUUUAAUGAAUCUAAAAAAAAUCCGAAGAUACCUGCUUAAGCAUUAUUGUAAUAUUGUCUAACUAGUUUUUGUAUUAUUUGUAAGCGCGUUUUAUCAACUUGGUUUAUUCGAGAGCAAUUGGCUCGUUUGCGCGGCCGUAAAAAGACAGAAAGCAAUUUAUGUUCAGGGAGGCCCCUGGCGAGCAAAGUGUACAUACAAAUUCGUAAAACGUGGUGUAGCCUGUAAUGGCUUUUUUGAUUCGCUGAAUGUAACUUAUUUCCUGAUUUCUACAAUAUUACUUUAAGACUGCUGGAUAUUUUAAAACAGUUUUAUAACUAUAUCUAGUGAAUAUUCAUUUAUUUAUGUACGAAUAGCAUAAAACGAUAAUUUAUUUCUUUCAUUUUACGAGUGCAGUGUGAAUGAGAUGAUGAGUUGAAUGCGAGUGCCGGCGACGGUGCGCGCCCGAAUGUUUGCAGAGCUGGUCGACGAAUCGUCUACGAUCAUGAGAGAUAUAAUGCGAUAAAAUGCAGUCGGCCGAGCCGUCGCGGCGCAAGUGCGAGCGUGUGAUAAAUGCAAACAUGCACAUACCAUCCCUGUAAGAUAACAGAAAGCGUGAUGUGUGGCGUGCGACGCCAUUCGAGGCGAAACAAGCGAGCGAAACCAGUUUUAUUGUAUCAUAGUUUAUUUGAACAUUUCUUGUAAAAACAUACAUUUGUCACACUCUGUUCACAGUGAACAUAGUGAUAGUGUGUUUAUGUGUACUUAAAUUAGAAAGGACCAAGGGAGGUAAAAAUUAGUCAUAUUUCUAUGAUAUUUAAUUUAUACAUGUAUUUAAAAAACUCACAAAAUGAGACAAGAUCUAAACGAAUCCUGGGUUUGCAACAACAUUUAAAAUGACGGAGUGCGUUUUGGUUCGAUACAAAUCUGAUCUUUUCGUUAAAAAGCGGUCGUCGGCUAGAAUGGUGUGUGUACUGUGCAUACAAACAAUCCGUUUCUAACUAUAAACGACACAAAAUGCAAACAAGCAGUACGAAUAAUGCAACACAAUGCGAGUGUAGAUAGAGCCUGUAUUGUAGAUAAUAUUUGUACCUAUUCCUCCCAAGCGCUAGAAGACCAUUUUAUAUGUGUAUGAUUCAUAAGGAUCAGUGAUUGUAACAUAUUAAUGAAAAACUGUUUCUAUAUACUAGAAACGUAUAGUCAUAUAUAAAUCAAUUUCUUUUA